UCUCUCUGUUGCGUCUUCAUUUGAUUCUUUACCUGACAUUCAACACACAACUGCCAUUCUUCUGAGAACCCUUUACAAUUGUUUAUUUGGUGUUCCUUUCUUGGUCGCUUCAUUGGGUGUAUAUAAGGAAUUCCAUCAAUUUUCCCAAGCUUUUCUUCCUUGGCACUUUGGGUUUUCCUUGUAUGCGAAACCCUUGUUUGUGAGCUUGGGAUAGAUAACUAGGAAAGUUCUGCAGCUUCUGGCAAUUGACGGAAUUUGUUUUUAAUUGACUCUAUGAUCGGGAAAAUUACCUGCAUUUGCAUGUCCAUUUUGAGCAUAGCAAUUUGAACUUUUGGUUCUCCUGUCAAUCGCCUCAGGACUGGCCGUGAUGGUGGAAUCCGAGGAUCCCAAUCGUGGGGCUGAUGAAACUUCCCCUGACUUGCUGAAAAACACGCCUUCUAAUAUUGCGAGAUUGGAGGAUGUGAUCGAGCAUUCUAAAGCAAGGCAGAAGUAUCUUGCGCACCGGAGCCCAUCUGAUGGGGGCGAUGUUAGGUGGUACUUUUGUAAGGUCCCAUUGGCGGAUAAUGUGUUGUCUGCCUCAGUCCCUUCCACGGAAAUAGUGGGAAAGAGUGAUUAUUUUCGUUUUGGCAUGAGAGAUUCUUUGGCAAUUGAAGCAUCUUUUUUGCAGAGAGAGGAAGAAUUGCUUUCAAGUUGGUGGAGAGAAUAUGCAGAAUGCAGUAUUGGUCCAAGAGAAAGACAAAGUACUGAUAGCAAAAUAGAUAAACAUGGUCAUGGAUCUUCUAAGGGGAGUACUUGGCCAUCAGAAUUAUAUGAGAUUGAGGAAGAGAGAGUUGGUGUUCCUGUAAAAGGGGGACUAUAUGAGGUAGAUUUAAUAAAACGACAUUGUUUCCCUGUGUAUUGGAAUGGAGAAAAUCGACGUGUUCUAAGAGGUCAUUGGUUUGCACGUAAAGGGGGUUUGGAUUGGCUUCCACUCCGUGAAGAUGUUGCUGAACAGUUAGAGGUUGCAUAUCGUAAUCAGGUUUGGCAUCGUAGGACGUUUCAGCCAUCAGGACUUUUUGCAGCUCGUGUCGAUUUGCAAGGAUCAACCCCUGGCCUGCAUGCUCUUUUCACUGGAGAGGAUGAUACCUGGGAGGCCUGGCUAAAUGUGGAUUCUUCUGGAUUUUCUAAUAUUGCUAGUUUCGCUGGUAAUGGGAUCAAGCUAAGACGUGGUUAUUCCCCAUCGAACUCACCAAAACCAACCCAGGAUGAGUUGCGUCAGCAGAAGGAGGAGGAGAUGGAUGAUUACUGUUCACAGGUCCCUGUUCAACACUUGGUAUUUAUGGUUCAUGGGAUUGGGCAAAGGUUGGAAAAGUCUAAUUUGGUGGAUGAUGUGGCCAAUUUUCGGCAUAUUACAGAAACUCUGGCAGAGCAGCACCUUACUUCACACCAACGUGGCACUCAAAGGGUCCUCUUUAUCCCAUGUCAGUGGAGAAAAGGAUUGAAGCUUAGUGGUGAAAGUGCCGUUGAGAAAAUAACCUUGGAUGGAGUACGGGGACUGCGAGUCAUGCUAAGCGCUACAGUUCAUGAUGUGUUAUAUUAUAUGAGCCCAAUCUACUGUCAAGACAUAAUUGACUCGGUAUCAACCCAACUAAAUCGGCUGUAUUUGAAGUUUCUCAAACGCAAUCCAGGAUAUGAGGGAAAGGUUUCAAUAUAUGCUCAUUCUCUGGGAAGUGUGCUUUCCUAUGAUAUUCUUUGCCAUCAAGAAAAUCUGUCCUCUCCGUGUCCAAUUGAUUCAAUGUAUAAGGAACAUUAUGAGCAUGAAAAUCCUCUUCUCACUGUGAAGGAUCAUCGUUCUGGGAGCUACUCAUCAAGUCUUCAGAAUGAUAUGAUGAGCAUAGCAAGUCUGUCUGAUGAAAAAAUGACUGCCAAUCCGACCCCUUUAGAAAUGGAGGCACAAUAUUCUGGGGACUCCUCGCUUUUAUGUCCUGCUUUACCAAUUGUACACAAAUAUGCUAUGGAACAUGACACUCAGAAACCAGAGCAUGAGAGUGAUGUUCAUGAUUUCCUUGCUGAUUUGGGUAAUGCACCUCAUGAGAAAACUGAAGCAUUAUUGAAGACCGAGAAUAUGAAGGCCAGGAUUCCUGCUGAUGGUUUGGAGAGAUUGAAUGAAGAGGAACAUGAGAAUAUAAGCAACAAGGAUGAAGUAAUCAGAAUGCUCAGGGAAGAGGUUAAUUCAUUGAAAACCAAGCUUGUGGAACUUGAAUCACAUGGUAGCAGCCAGCAUUCAAAAGAAGACCUAGGUUCUGGGAAACACUCAUAUGAGAAGUUGCCUUCAGCAGAAGAUGCACCAAAGAGUUACACCCCUUAUAUCAAAUACACAAAGCUCCAAUUCAAGGUUGAUACAUUCUUUGCUGUUGGUUCCCCUCUUGGAGUGUUUCUUGCCCUUCGUAAUAUCCGUAUUGGCAUUGGAAGAGGCCAAGAAUAUUGGGGGGAGGAGAAUAUAAUUGAACAGAUGCCAGCAUGCCGCCAGAUGUUCAACAUUUUUCACCCCUAUGAUCCAGUGGCUUACAGGGUAGAGCCACUUGUAUGUAAAGAAUAUAUCAGCAAACGACCUGUUUUGGUACCCUAUCACAGAGGAGGAAAGAGGUUGCAUAUCGGAUUCCAGGAAUUUACUGAAGACUUGGCAGUUCGCACAGAGACAAUAAUGAAUCAUCUAAAAUCUGCAAGGGUAAAGAUCCUUUCCGUCUGUCAGUCAAAGACAACAGAGAGUAUAGAAGGAGACAAUUCUGAAGAGGAAGAAACAUAUGGAUGUCUUAUGAUGGAGAGGUUAACAGGAAGCAAAGGAGGACAUAUUGAUCAUAUGCUUCAGGAUAAAACCUUUGAGCAUCCAUAUCUGCAGGCCAUUGGAUCACAUACGAACUAUUGGAGAGAUCAUGAUACUGCUCUUUUUAUCCUGAAACACUUGUAUCGAGAAAUGCCCGAAGAGCCUAACUCAUCUGUGAAAUCUAGUGAUGGCAAAAAGAAUGAGAUAGAUUCUGCUGGUUGGAUUGAUCCAAGAGAGAAUGUUGAGGAAGAACUUCCUUUGACGUUCGCUGACAAUACCAGAGUCAGAAACUUCUCAAGGAAAGCCAAAAAGGUUAUGAAAUAGCACCUUUUGCAGGUGACUUCCACUUCUCUCUAUUUUCUGUGCAGAUUUUAUCUUGGAUUAGAUUUUCCGUCUUUCCACUCCUAACGCUCAGGAUGGGUGUUUCAUACCUCUGCAUGACGUAAUGGAGAUUGUGUAGUACAUUAAGAGGGUGUACAUUAGAAAGGAUUCUUCAUCUAACUUAGGGCUAUUUCUCUUGGUUGAUGAGUAUAGAGUUUUCUAAGUCCACGUUAAUGUACAUAACUAGAAGAACAACUGUGUAAUGUUAUUCCAAAUAAUACAAGCUGUAUAGUUCCAAAAAAGAUUGGACGUUUUAAAUAGUUUGACUUUCUUUUUUUCCCAGAAUUUCAAGUUAUUGUGUUGGAUGGUAUGAAUGCCUCUUUUUUCUCU